CAGACUGUUUCCCAAGCCAUCUAUUUGUCUCCUCCUUUUCGUACGAGAGAGAGAGAGAGAGAGGAGGAGAGAGAUAUGUUGCAGAACCAGCUGUCUAGAUCAUCCUACAGGGAAUCCCUGAAAGUUCUUGAAGCUGACAUACAACAUGCCAAUACCUUGGCAGCUGCUAUUCCAAGAGCUUUUGGUGGGGUAUGUGUUCAGAUGAGAUUAUCUUACAGCCCUUUCGCACCCAUAUUCCUCUUCCUAAUCCAAUGGAUGGAUUGUAGCUGUACAUAUGAACUUCCUAGUUAUUUCGGCUUUCUCCACAUACUUGUCUACAAGGUUUAUGUUGACGGGAACACGACUAUUUCUUCCUACGAGAGGAAAGCCAGCCUUAGAGAAUUCUAUUCUGUUAUAUAUCCUACUCUUCAACAACUCGAAGGUGAUUUAUCGGAGCCAGAGCAUGCUAAGCAGAAAAGUCGAAGUAUGGAUAUGUUUAGCAGGAAGAGGAUGGAAGAGAGGAGAAAGCUCUCUGACAAGGAAUCAGAGAGAGAAGAUGAGUGUGGGAUUUGUAUGGAAGCAUGCACCAAGAUUGUCUUGCCUAGCUGCAACCACGAAAUGUGCAUAAACUGUUAUCGUGACUGGAAAACAAGAUCGCAAUCCUGCCCCUUUUGCAGGGGUAGCCUAAAGAGAGUUGAUUCUAGAGACCUCUGGGUUCUCACAUGCAACAAUGAUGUGGUUGACACGAUGACGGUGGCCAAGGAAAAUCUGAGGCGCUUUUAUCUCUACUUGGACAAGCUGCCGCUCAUAAUUCCAGACACCCUUUUCCUAGUUUAUUCUGAUUACAUAAUCUGAUCAAUGGAGAUGAGAUGAAUGGUGUACAGACCGAGCCAAAGCGGACCAUCCCUUGUAUAUAGAGUCUGGCGAGGAGAAGUCUCAUGAGUUGGUGCAUCGAACCGAUUCCAUCUUUUGCUGUGCAGCAGCGUAGGAUUCCCAUGUAAUUGCCUCUAAUAACUGUAUAUCGAAAUUCUCUUUACAAAAUAUUUGUUAGCUUUGUCUAGUUUACUAGUAGAAAUGCCAAGAGAAUGGCAAAAUAAUUGGAUGAACUCGAGAAGAUUGAAAUGAAGCUCAACACACUCAUUUACUUAAAUGGCUGCCACUAGACAUGCUGUGUUA